GUUUAUGUUUUCCCGCGUAAUCUUCGCAGGUCUCCUCGAGAAGUCAGACUUUGUUAAACUUUAAAAUUCUUAAUACAAUUUAUUUACUAUUUGUGAUACAGUAACUAUGUUUAGUACUUGCUGUUAACCUACCUUCCAAGUUUUUCAUCUUACGUACGCAUCAAAAACUGUGGUCAACAAACUCGUACACACAUAGCAUAAUAUUGUAAAGAAACUGCGGAUUUAUUUUUGUCUUACCUUACUAUACCAAUAUUUCCGGCGUGUGGAUGUUCUUAUUACCGCUGAUAUAAAUUAUCACCUGCCCAACAUUCUGCAAACAGUGUUCAUGUUUUAUGGGAAACCGGGGAAUCAAACGAGAAUUUCCGGUUGGUAAGUUUAAUGUUCGGCAUCAUGUUUCCCGAAUUCAUGGUACGGCGCAAUCUGAUUAACCGAAAGCAGCACCAUUCGGCUCAGAAUGUCAGCAGCAAACUCUGGAUACGGGUAGCUAUUCUAAUUGGAACAGCCGUACUGACAUUAUGCUUUACUUCGCUGAUAAGUAAUCGUCAGAUGCACACGAGUUUUUACGAGAUUGAAAUCCUGCCCAGACUCCUGUCAAAACGCCGCGUUCCCCUGCAAGAGCCAAUCCGUUUGAAGUUGGACACAAAUUUUUCCGGUCAUGCGGAUGUGAUCGCUCGUCAGUAUACCAUCUCCCCGAAACCCUGCAAAGACGUGCCCAUGAAGCCGUUCCUAGUGCUGGUGGCCUUUUCGCGGAUUGAUGCCUUUGCCUUGCGAACAGCCAUUCGUAAAACGUGGGGAUCAGUGGCGGAUCCGAAUUGCGGCGUCCGCCUGUUGUUCAUGUUUGGGAGGGUGUACAAGAAAAAUCUCCAAUUGAAACUGGAAGCGGAAGCAUUAGAGUUUGGUGACAUUAUCCAGUCCAAUCAGUUCGACGAUGUGUACCGCAGUGCAGCGCAGAAAGCCAUCUAUCUGCUACAGUGGGGCGCCGCAUACUGCCCCGAAUCGGUCUACACCGCCAAAAUUGACGACGAUAACUGGCUAAACUUGCCGUUGUAUUACAAGUUUUUACAGGAAAACCAAAAGAACGAUUAUGUGUAUGGUGCCAUGUUUAAUGAAGGGUCACCGGUAAUUCGCAAUACCGGCACAAAAUAUUAUGUUCCUCGAGAAGAGUUUGACGGUGAUGUCUAUCCGGAAUAUUUAUCGGGGAUAUUGUAUGCAUUCCCGACAAGAUUUCUAGAUCGGGUACUGCAAGCUAGUCUGGAGGUACAGCGGACAUUUAACGAUGACGUGUAUGUUUGCGGACUGCUGACGACGAAAGCCAACCUCACGCGCAUGCCGGUACCGAGAUAUGCGUGGGAUCAGCCAGGUGCACAGAGGGAUAGCAACUGUACAAAGCGCGAUAUGAUGUGUAUCCAUUAUUCAAAGGAUACGGACUAUUAUCGCAUGUGGGACGAUCCGUGUUAUACCUAUCCGCGACUGUGUUAGCAUUUUAAUUUUGCAACCGAGUUUUUUCCUCAACUUCUCAACUUUGUUGGUGUUCUUUCACGUAUUCUCCCACUGAUCCACAGUACCGGACCGGCACAAAUAAUUGAUUACUGAUGUGACCGUAAACACUGCGUAGUCGUGCAGUAACAACAGGUUAUAGACAUCUAUAUUCGUAUUUGGUGCACUUUUAAUAGUUUUUUUUUCGCAUUAAGCGCAUUCUACUAAACGGUUCAUUUGUUGCCGCCGUGUGAAAAGUACUGUAACUUCUUAAAAGAUUAUUUCUGGUUUCGCAGUAUGUCUGUAACAAAGAAAAUCUACAGAGUACCUGCCUUUGUCAGAUGUAAUAAAAAUUAUACAGCUUGGA